AGCCCCAAGAGUGCGGAUUCCAGUGUGGUGAGCUGACUCCAUUCCUGCAGAGCGGAGGGUGCAGGCACCAUCACGGAGGAAGGCAGCUGGCCACCGGCCACGACUCUGCGGGCUCGCUGCACGUGCCCUUGGUGAGCCAGGUCCUCUCUGACAUGGCUUCCAGCACAGACACCCCAAGCGGCAUCUCCCACAAUGCCAGCUUCUGCCAUCCUCAUCACCCACCCCGGGCAGCCAGUGUGACACUCUGUCUGUUCUACACAGUCCUCCUGGUCUUCAGCACCCUGGGAAAUACACUUGCCCUCUUCCUUGCCUGUCAAAAGGACAAGAAGAUCAACUCAACCAGCGUCUACUUGGUCCACCUGGCAGUGUCCGACCUUCUGUUCACACUGGCUCUGCCUGGGAAGAUCACCUACUACGCGCUGGACUUCAGCUGGCCUUUCGGGGAAGGGCUCUGCAGGCUGACGGCGUUCAUAUUCUACAUGAACACCUACGGGGGGAUCUACCUCAUGACGUGCGUGAGCGUGGACCGCUACCUGGCUGUGGUCCGCACCCACCAGCGCCCCCAGCUCCGCAGUGCCAACCGAGCAAGGCUGGUCUGCAUGGCCGUCUGGGCCCUGGCGGGCCUGCAGACGGUGCCCCUGCUCUUGAUAACCCUGACCGGGCCUGUGGCAGGCAAGGUCACCUGCAUGGAGUACGCCAGCGUUGAGAAGGUCUUCAGGCUGUCCCUCAUCAUCCUGGGGGCUUGUGUCGUGGGCUUCUGGGUGCCGCUGGGGGUCAUGCUAUUUUGUUACGUGCAGAUCACAGUGAAACUGUGCAGGACGGCCCGGGACAACCCUCUGACAAGCGAGAAAGGGCACCACCGGCGGGCCUGCCUGCUCACGCUGGUGGUGCUGGUCGCCGUGUUGGUGUGCUUCAGCCCCUACCACCUCAACAUCGCCCAGUUCAUGGUGAGGCAGAUGCUCUACCUGCCCUCCUGCCCCGAGCAGAGCGCCUUCAAAGUGUCCCUGCAGCUCACCGUGUCCCUCAUGAACAUGAACUGUGCCAUCGACCCCCUCAUUUACUUCUUUGCAUCCACACGUUACAGGGAGUGGCUCCUUGGCAUUUUAAAGCUCAGAGCGGCAGCACCCUCCUCUUCCCCGACGAGAACGUCCUCGGAGACACAAAGCACCACCAGGCUGGGGGCUCCGCCCUCAGAGGAGAAUGAAGUCUAAUGGCUCUAAAACUGCAUCCAGGGAGCCGUUCGGGGCUGGGGGCCUGGCGUGUAUGUAAUG